ACCUUCCAACCUCCAUCAACAUCCAACAUCUUUGCCAGCCACCCUCUAACAUCUUGAAGCCGUUCCAUACCGCCUAACUCAGAGUUACAAGACAAAGCGAACACCAGAAUUGCGAUACCCCUUCGCCCCCGCGAUUUGACCCCCGAACCCACAAGCACCGACCAACUUGCGAACUGUCGUUAUCCAUCGUCAUUGCCGUUCUCGCCCCUUCCCGCUGAAGGCCGGUAAUUGCUUCCGACAGGCGACCAGUUAAAACCUACGAGUUAUCGAACCAAAUACCCCGUUUGCACCUCAAAAUGACCCACCCGCUCGAUACAGACGCUGGCACCGAGCUCUUCAAGCACUAUGAAACCGAGUACCAGCUGGUCCAGGCGGACCUAGUGCAGAAACUCGACCAGAUCGCCGAGUUGUCGGGGGAGCCGAGGAAGGCGGCGCUAAGCGCUGCCGAGCGGGCGCUGGAGGAGACGGACGAGUUGCUCGGCCAGAUGCAAGUGGAGAAGCAGAAUGUGCCCUCGUCGCAGCGCGCCGCCAUCAACCGGCGGCUGCGCGACUACAAGACCGAUGUCGACGGGUAUCGGCGAAAGCUGCGGACUCUGGCGGACGACAGGAGCGCCCUGUUCGGCGGGCGGUAUACGGACAAUCCGGCUUCUUCAUCGGGGGAUGCUCACUUUGAACAGAGGCAGCAAUUGCUGUCCGGGACCGACCGGUUGGACCGCAGCACGCAGCGCCUCAAGGCCAGCCAGGCGUUGGCAAACGAGACUGAGGCCAUUGGAGCCAGCACGCUGGCACAGCUACAGCAGCAGCGCGAGACCAUCGAUCAUACAACCAGGGUCCUGUACGAGAGCGAAGGCUACGUUGAUCGCAGCAUAAAGAGCCUCAGAGGGAUCGCCCGUAGAAUGGCUACGAAUCGGGUUAUAACCAUUGCUAUCAUUACCGUCUUGGUUCUGCUCAUCAUCGCGGUCAUUUUCAGCAAGUUCAGAUAAUUGUUUUCUUCUUGGUAGCGGGCUGCUUGGUUUUGGUGUCAUCUGACUUGGGCGAACUGGGCUAGAAGGAGUUUCUGGUUUCUUGGGACGGGAGACGAGAUUUUAGGGAAACAGGCGGCCGGGCCAGUGGAAGAACGCAGAAGUGCUCAACUUAACCCUCCAUACGGCAGGCAGCUGUCUAGAGCAGACCACGUAUAUUGGGCAUUUGCUAGUAAUAUCAGUAGCGGCUGUACUUCCAAUGACUUGCCUAGAACACACGCUGUGUAUUCAGAACUCAAACUUCCAUAUCCCAUCAGGCCCGUCAAUCUCUAUGGUAUGCAUGAG